AUGAAGACAUCCAUCGCUUACAUCAUCGCCGCGGCCCUCUUCGGAGCUACGCAGGCUGCCAUCACCCCGAUGAACAACAUCAUUCGCCACGAGUACAACCUCAACGCCAGAGCCGGCGUUCACGGCAACAUUGAGAGAGACGAGCCUGCUAUUGCCCCCGAGGGCGAUACAUGCGAUCUAGGGUACAGCGACGAGGAGUUUGGGCGGAGACUGAGACAGGAAGUGGGCGUUUGGAAGAUUCUUUUUGAUCGGUACGGAAAACAUUUGGAAGACGGGAGCAAGACCUAG